GGAAAGAAAAGUCUCGGUCAAAUGAUCCUGAUAAAGAGAGUCGAAGGACAGUUAAAGGGACAGGACUUUCUUUCAGCUUCAUCCUGUCAUCUAUCUGCUCCUGCUUUUAUUUGUCACUCUCUGCAGAAAUGUUCAUUCGGGUUCUUGUCAUGGAAACGUCCAGAAAUGAUAGAGAUGCAAUAUAAAUAUUUUCUUAAUUUUUUAUAUUCGUCAGAUAAAUUAUUAAAUGUAACGUUUGGCAUGAUAAAAUAAAACCAAUUUGACAAUUUGUCUAUUUACUUUUUCAUUGCAUUUAAUGUCGUUUUUAUUUCUUUAUUAUUAUUUCUUUAUUAUUUACUUUAUUAGUAUUUAAUCUGAAUGACUAUACAUUUCUCAGUAGAUCAAUCAUAAAACACACACACACACACACAACUUUCUAUUUUGGCUGCGAUUAAUACAUUUCAUACCCUUUAAAUUGCUUUUUUAUUUCUAUUAAUUACUGUAUGGUGGCCGUACAGGAUUAGAAAGCGAACCAGUCCGGAUCUGUUGGUACUAGAAAGCUGUCUUUAUCAACUCAGGCUUGAUCUUGAGGAGCUUCGGCUGAGGUCCGGAUGGUUCUGCUGGGUCAGACGGGUUCAGGCCGGAGUUCAUCUGGAAACACGAUUCUGGCUCGGUCCGCUUUCUGGGCUGACGCGUCGCCCCUGUCGGUCACCAGCCGCUGCCAGCGGUCGGGGGGCGUGGCGGAGGGGCGGAGCCUGCGGCUGAUCGACACCCCGGGCUUCUUCCACACCCGUCUGAGCCCGGAGGAGGUGCGCGCGGAGCUGAGCCGGUGCGUGGAGCUGAGCGCGCCCGGGCCGCACGUGUUCCUGCUGGCCCUGCGCGCCGGGCGCGUGACGCGCGAGAGCCGCGCCGCCCUGGACUGGGUCACCGCCGCGUUCGGGCCCCAGGCGCUGCGCUUCACCUUAGUCCUGAUCACCUGCGGCGACGCGCUCGGAGCGAAACCCGCGGGCGACUUCUUGAAGGAGAGCGAGGAGCUGUGGGAGUUCGUGUGCGGCUGCGCGGGCGGCUAUCACGUGUUCGACAACACUAAAGGUGUGGAGGAGAGGUCGCAGGUCACCGAGCUGCUGCAGAAGAUCGAUCUGCUGCUGGAGCGUAACGCGGGAGAGCACUACACCGCCGACAUGCUGCUGCGGGCGGACACCGCUGUGCGCCACAUGCAGAGGAGGAUCCUGGGAGACGGCCAGGAGGAGGACGGGGAGGCCAGGGAGAGGGCGGAGCGUCUGUUCUGGUACGAGCUGCUGAGCGCCGUGGGCCGCGGCGCCGUGGAAGCGUCCGGUGUGAUGGAGAAGGGCAAGGGCAAGGGCAAGAAGGUCAGAGCCGUGCAGAGGGUGGCGGCCAUCGCCUCCACGCCGCUGUCAAUCACAACCACUGCUAAAGUGAUGGGCGGAGCCGUGAGAGAGGGAACCAAAGUCCUGUUGAAACACAAGAAGACGCUCCUGCGCUGAAACACACACACACACACACACACACACUUCAGAAACCUUGAGCAAUACUGUAUAAAUAAGCAGAUAAACACACAUCAUCACUUCCUGUAGAUGUGAUAAUGUUUGCACUGCGAUGACAAUGCAUGAAUCUCAUUUUCACGUUUAUUUUUUGUGAUAUAUGUAGUAGAGCACUUUCAAAGAAUACAUAUUUAAAGCUGUAUUUAUAGUUAUUGUUUAAUUAUCAUAUAUAUAUAUAUAUAUGUUGGCGAUUUAUGCAUUUUUUGUAGAAAGGAUUAGAACGCGAAUGAUUUUGAUUGUGCUAAAAUCUUCACACGAAAUCUGUUUUCUAGUUACGACUGCAUGAUGUCUGUUUAAUCCUCACGAACGUCUGAUUCAUCUAUUUAAUGAAUACAGAAUCAUCAAAUAAAGAGCCGUGACCCAC